GUUUUCUUCAAAAGAUCUGCUUACGAUCACCUGCUACUCUGACAUUUAAUUCUGUGAAUUGUCUAAUAACACAUCUGACAGAUUCUUCUUUUUGGACCUUCUUGUCCUGCUUUGGCCGUUGUCAAUCACUCCAGUGGUCCAUUACAUGGACCUAGUAAUCUUCUUCUCACCAGAUCUAAAGAGCUUGCACCAAUUGUUUCAGAAAGGAGCUUCGAUUCUAAAAGAAGAGACUUUUGACCAUUAAAAAGGCUCUUGAUGAAUUUCGGACCUGCAAACAUGAAUGCUACAGCAGAAUAUUUAAACGAUAACAUUACCGAUUAUUUCGACGAUUAUCAAAAUGACCAUAUUAUAUUGCCAGUCAUGUUCAUCGCCUGCUGCGUUGGACUCCCAUUAAACGGAAUUGUCAUCUGGCUACUCACCUUCCAGAUCAAGAGAAACCCUUUCACAAUAUCGAUCCUUAAUUUAGCUAUAGCCGACUUUGGGUAUCUCAUAUCUAUGUUCAUGUAUUGCAUUGAUUUUUUUAUAGCUUUUAUAACACCAGGAAUACCCAAUUUAAUCAUGUUUUCUUUCUGCCAAAUCAUGUAUAUCAACGGUCUCUUUCUUCUGACAGCCAUCAGCAUUGACCGGUGUGUGGCUGUCUUCUUCCCAAUCUGGCAUCGCUGUUCCCGGCCAAAAUAUUUGUCCUCUGCUAUCUGUGUCUUCCUCUGGAUCUUCUCUUUCCUCCUGACUGGAAUUCUAAAUGCCACAGAAUAUAUAUUGGAAUUUUUUACCAUCUCGAAUCCCCAUUUGGUUGUGAAUGCUGUACUUUGCUUUCCACUGAUCACAACUUUUACUGUGAUCCUAUUCAUCAAGAUAGGUCUUAAACGCAAGCAGAUCAAACGGAGAAGACUUUUAAUGAUGAUUUCGAUUACUCUUCUCUGUUUCUUUAUUCUUAUCGUUCCAUUACAUAUCUACGCAUUCUUUCUUGAUUUUACAGAAAUUAUUUAUUCCAUGCAACUUUGGAGAGUGAAGAACUAUUUUAAUCUGUGUUCUUGCCUAAACAGCGAUUUUAACCCCGUGAUCUACUUUCUGGUUGGGAGAAAGAAACACGCUCAGUCCAGGGAGAGCAUGAAGGUCAUUUUUCAGAGGGUCUUCACAGAAGAUGACUCUAAUGUUUGAUAAGUAGUAUAUAUAAAAGUUUACAAACAUUAAUUGGGAAAUAAAGGGUUUAAUUUAGGGGGAGUAAGGAGAGUGGGGGGAAGAGGUAGUUGAUAAAUGAUUAGAAUUUAGGGCGAAGGGUAAGAUUAGAUAUACAACAUAAAAAUGAGAGAGAAAAAAGGUAAAAUAUGUCAACGUAAGCAUACAAAAUAUGUUGGUAGAGAACUAAAAGUUGUAUAUAUUUGAAA